AUGGCAAUCGAUCACACGACUCUUUUUGUACCCGAAGACAAAUUCCAAGAAUGCCUCAACUUCUACCUUGAAGCACUCAAGCCCCUUGGCUACCAAGUUCGCCAUCAAUUCGGCGAGUUCGUCGUUGGCCUUGGGUCGGUCAACGAAGACUCGGACAGUUACAAACGUGCCGACUUCUGGGUCUUUGGAUCGAAGACAGUACCUGAACGGCCUGCUCAUAUCGCAUUCACCUGCCACAAUCAUACUUCUGUUGACGCUUUCUAUGCCGCGGCGAUUAAAGCCGGUGGCAAGGACAAUGGCCCUCCGGGGUUGCGAUCGUUCUACCAUCCCAAGUAUCACGCUGCCUUUGUGCUAGAUCCCGCAGGGAACAAUAUCGAGGCUGUCGAUCAUGGUGUUUAG